AUGAUCAAUAAUUACAUACAUUCAUUAGUCCAAGAUAUUGGUUCGGAAUCGCCAGAUCUAUGCAUUUUUGGUGAAAAUUUGAGAAGUCGCGAAGAAAAUUUAUCGUUUAUAGCACACGAUGAAAAAGAUUUACCUGUUUGUUUACAAACACAAAAUCUACUUUCGAAAAAUUCUCCAAGUGGGGUAAAAUUGACUGCAUACAGUUCUCCUAAAAAAUUAGUUAUAACCUCCGAUGUAAAAGUGACUUCAACUGCUAAGAUAACCUCAACUAGGAAGAAAGAACAAAUCAAGAAAAAAAUUUUGGGUGCUGAAACAAUUCGAGACUCUGCACUACAUAUGAAGUUAUAUCCUAAGCCAAAGAAAACAAAUGCCAAACAAGACAAUAUUCUAAAAGAAAUAGAAAUAAAUAACGUUCAACCAAAAACAUCAAACAAAAUACAAAACAGAAAACGUAAAUCUAAGAAAAAGAAGAGAAAGUUAGAUAGAUAUGUAUUAGAAUCAAGCUCUGAAAACUCAGACAUUAUGAGCGUAGUAGAUACGGAAAAUUCUGAAAACGAAUCCAUGGAAGAUUUUAUUAAAAAUAUUUACUAG